CGCGGAAGCACGUUUCAGCUGUCAAACAGAUCUAGCACAUCGGUUGUAGCGGUCCAGCUCUCGGUACACAGGAAAGUAACAGUUAAUUUAAAGAUGGACAGUCCACGCUGGUUGCCCCUGGAGUCAAACCCAGAAGUCAUGACCAAGUUUGUCAACUGCUUGGGUAUGAGACCAACCUGGCAAUUUGGAGAUGUCUACGGAUUGGAUCCAGAGCUCCUCAGCAUGGUUCCAAGACCAGUGUGUGCAGUGCUGCUUCUCUUCCCAGUGACAGACAAGUAUGAGGCUUUCAAGCAAGAAGAGGAAGAGAAACUCAAGGGUCAGCCACAGGAGAUCUCUCCUGACGUCUACUUCAUCAAGCAAACUAUUGGAAACGCCUGUGGAACGAUAGGAUUAAUUCAUGCAGUGGCAAACAACCACGCACACCUGGAAUUUGAGCCUGAUUCUCCACUGAAGAAGUUUAUUGAACAAACGUCUAAAAUGACCUCAGAAGAAAGGGCAGCCUUCCUGGAAAAAGAUGAGAGUAUACGCGUUACACAUGAAUCCAGUGCACAGGAGGGACAGACUGAGGCCCCGAGUUUAGAUGAGAAAGUGAAUCUGCAUUUUAUAGCUUUUGUGAAUAUCGGAGGACAGUUAUAUGAACUGGACGGCAGCAAGCCUUUCCCGAUUGUCCACGGAACAACCUCAGAAGAAAAUUUCCUGGAGGACGCUGCAAAGGUUUGUAAGGUCUUCAUGGCUCGCGACCCUCAGGAGCUGCGUUUCACCAUCAUUGCCCUCUCCAAAGAUUCGUACUGAGGAAGCUCCAAUGUGAACCCGGAAAACAAAGAAAAAACAUUACUGCCAAACAUUCUCAAGUGCUGACAUCAUUGGAGUUUUUUCCCCACAAAUACUUUUUUCCCCACAAAUACUACUCUAAAAUAUCAGGGGUAUCUUUCUGAAGUAAUGUUCCAUUCUUUUUUUUUUUGGGUAUAAAUCACUUGAAAUUCUAAGAGAGUGCUGCUGUAAGCUAAAAGUAUUUCCUGUUGAGAUCAAAAUCUUCCAGUUCCCCCCUGCUGAACCAUUUCUAACUGUAAAACAGAUGCACUAUAUUGACACUACACUAAAGUUUGUUUACAUGGCGUGUUUGGCUUUCAAUUAAGAAAGAAAUUGAAAAAAAGAUUCCUCAGCUCGACUUUUUUUUAUUUUACUCCAAGUUCAAUGAAACGUGCUGCAUGUAGUGAUUUUGUUUUGGUCAUGAGUCCAACCACAUGGUCAAAACCAGCUGAAGAAAGAUGUUUGGCAAGGCUUUAUUCUCAGUUAUAGCUUUGGAAAAACAGAGAAGCCUGAUGCUGUUGUAUGCGGUAAUAAUGUUAUGAAACUCUGAUUUAAAAAAAACAUGCCUCCUGUAAGUGACGCUAGCUGAAUACUGCAGACUGUACAUCAACAUGGAAGGUGCCUACAUUUUUGUAAUAAGAAUUACAAAUUCUGUCAAAUAAAAGGCAAAUUUAUUAAACA